AUGAAGUACAUCUUCUCCCAGGAGCAGCUGGUCAUCCCAGAAAAUGUCAAGAUCCACAUCCGCUCGCGCAUCGUCACCGUUGAGGGCCCCCGAGGCAAAUUGACGAAGGAUCUUUCUCACAUCGCCGUCACUUUCACGGUCGCAAAGGACAAGGCGGGAAAACAACUCGUUCAGAUUGAGAUCCACCACGGCUCGAGAAAGAAUGUCGCUACCCUCCGAACUGUCAAGUCACUCAUCCAGAACCUCGUGAUCGGCGUCACAAAGGGCUACAAAUACAAGAUGCGAUAUGUCUACGCUCACUUUCCCAUCAACGUCAACAUUGAAAAGAACGAAGAAGGAUUGUAUGCAUUGGAGGUCAGAAAUUUCUUGGGCGAGAAGAUCGUUCGAAACGUCACCAUGCACGAAGGAGUUACCGUGGAAGCCUCAAAGGGUGUCAAGGAUCAAAUCGAACUCACCGGCAACAGCCUGGAGAACGUGUCACAAUCAGCCGCCGACCUGCAGCAAAUCUGCAGAGUGAGGAACAAGGAUAUCCGGAAGUUCUUGGACGGCCUGUACGUGAGCGAGCGCGGAAACAUCGUCGAGGAGUAG